AUGCAGAUCAUUGUCGAGAAUGUGAAAUUGGAUACACAGAAAGACCGUGUAGUAGCGCACAGCCCCAUGAACCCAUGUCCCGUGUACAAGAUAGAUGGAGAGGAUGGAAACAUUGUUCUGUUCUUUAUAGCUGUGGAGGGAAACGUCUCUGAGCAAGAACAGAUCAGGAAAAAGGAAAACAAGGCCCGUCUGUGCCAGGUCACCAGCGCUGACAACGGAGUCUCCUGGAGCCCUGUGAAGGAUCUCACUAACAGUGACAUAGUACCCGAGCACUGGGCCACCUUUGCAGUGGGACCAGGCCACUGUUUACAGCUAAACAAUGAGGUUAAGAGUCUAGUGAUUCCAGCACAUGCCUAUUGAAUACAUGACAAUAGUUCUCUGUCCCCCCACCCCUUCUGCUUUGUUAGUGAUGACCAGGGGGAGACCUGGAGAAGGGGGAACUAUCUAGCAGAGAAUGCUGGGGAAUGCCAGAUGGUUGAAUUGAAAAGGGAAGGCAAGUCAGUGCUGUACUGCAACGCUAGAAAGAAAGGGGGACCCAGAGUCCAGGCUGUGAGCGACACUGAGGGGAGGGACUUUAAGAGUCAGGGUGUCUUUAGAAAACUGGUGGAACCUCCCUGGGGCUGUCAUGGGAGUGUUAUUGGCUUCCCAAUACCCGCUGGAGUUCAGUCAGAGCAGGACACGUGGGUCCUCUAUUCUCAUCCUACAAGCUCCGAGGAGCGGAAAGAUUUAGGCUUGUACCUCAACAAGGAACCCUUAAAUCCAGAAAGCUGGAUGAAACCCACAGUCAUCUGCCAGGGCUUCUGCUCUUAUUCAGAUCUGCAGUACAUGGGGCCAGGCCCUGAGGGCUCGCCCCUGUUCUGCUGCCUCUUUGAGUUUGGCAAGAAAUCAGAAUGCGAAAAGAUCAUCUUCUUUAUGUUCACUCUGAAAGAUGUUUUUCCACCUGAGUCCUGA